CACUUUUUAACUAUACAAUAUAGAAUGAGGAAGCAAAUAAUAAAACAGCUACUUUCAAAGGAUACAUUGAAUGUUCAUUUUAUUGUGUGUUAAUAUAUAUUUUACUCUUUCAACUUACCUUCCCACUAAGGUGCUUUAUACUCGUCAUGCCUCCAAAGAAAAAGGAAGAACCAGAGCGCCCUGCUCUGUUGGGGCGUAUUGGGACAAAUUUGAAAGUUGGCCUAGUGGGUUUACCAAAUGUAGGGAAAUCUACAUUAUUCAACAUCCUCACAUCUAGUCAAGUGGCCGCAGAAAAUUUUCCAUUUUGUACCAUUGACCCUAAUGAAAGUCGUGUACCUGUUCCAGAUAAACGUUACGAUUUCUUGUGUGAAUAUUUCCAGCCUCUUAGCAAGGUUCCUGCCUUUUUAAAUGUUGUUGAUAUUGCUGGAUUGGUUAAAGGUGCAAAUGAAGGUCAAGGUCUUGGCAAUGCCUUUUUAUCUCAUAUUCGAGCGUGUGAUGCCAUUUUCCAUUUGUGCCGUUGCUUUGAAGAUGAGGACGUAUCUCAUGUAGAAGGUGAUAUCAACCCUGUUCGUGAUAUUGAUAUUAUCAAUGAAGAACUGAGACUUAAAGAUGAAGAAUACUUAGUUAAUAUUGUUGAUAAACUUGAAAGGACUGUUAUAAGAGGUUCAGACAAAAAAUCCAAACCAGAAUAUGACAUUCUCUGCAAAAUUAAACAUUUAGUUGUGGAAGAAAAGAAGCAUAUAAGAUUUUCAGACUGGAAUGCUGCAGAAGUUGAAGUUUUAAACAAACAUUUAUUUUUGACAUCGAAGCCCAUGAUUUAUUUAAUCAAUCUGUCUGAAAAAGACUAUAUUAAAAAGAAAAACAAGUGGUUGCCAAAAAUUAAAGAGUGGGUAGAUAAAAAUGAUCCUAGAGCAGCUAUAAUCCCAUUUAGUGGAGCUUUUGAGCUUAAAAUCUCAGAAAUGGAAGCAGAAGAAAAAAAUAAAUAUUUAACUGAAGUUGGGGCCAACAGUAAUUUGGAAAAAAUCAUAGUGACUGGUUAUAAGUCUCUUCAAUUGAGCUAUUUUUUCACUGCAGGGAAAGAUGAAGUAAAGGCUUGGACUAUACAGAAAGGAACUAAGGCACCUCAGGCUGCUGGGAGAAUCCAUACUGAUUUCGAAAAAGGGUUCAUUAUGGCCGAAGUGAUGAAAUUUGAUGAUUUUAAAGAAGAGGGAUCUGAAGCAGCUCUUAAGGCUGCUGGAAAAUAUAGGCAACAAGGAAGGAAUUACACUGUUGAAGAUGGUGAUAUAAUAUUUUUUAAAUUUAAUGCAGGAGCAGGUUUGCAAGCUAAAAAGAAAUAAUGUAUGUCUGUUAUUUGCAUUUAAUAAAUGCCCU